AUGAGUGACGCCACGAUAGAGAGUCCAAGUCGCGAAAAUGACCGGCGAAUGCUGAUCAUGUUAACUGUCUUCAUCUGCCUUGUUGCCGUUGUCAUUUUGGUCAUUGCUGCUAUAAUGUUAUCAGUGAUAAUAUCUCGAAAUGAUGAUGUUGAUGAUGAUGCUAAAGGAUCAAAACUUGACGCCGCGGUGCAGGGUAAGCAAACGUUACAACUUUUUAAAAGUCCGGCUGUCUACUCGUAAAACCCUCAACUAGCGAUUAAAGGCUUCUAAACUUGCCCUGUCAUAUCUCGGUGUAGUCCGCUCUUAGAACUUUUUCAAGAGCCCGUGCACUUGUUUUGCAGUAGGUGUCUCAGCUAGGGUAAGUAUAAAAGACAAAUUUGUUUCCCGGGGAAUUUUAAGUUUUGUUUUUAUUUUUGCAUUCCUGAUUCGGCAUAGGCAUGGUACCCAACGACUGUUUUCUGUAAAAUAUCUAUUCGGUGAGGCAAAUAUUACCUAGAACAUUCUAUUGCUUAAACACGGCUAAAAAUUUCUAGAAGAGCGUUCCAUUCAGGUACAAUUUUCGAAGCUUAUCUAAAAAAUUCCCUACUAUUUUCUGAAGUGUAAUUUUUCAUCUUUUACUCCUUAUGUUAGGCUAAUUUUCGUAGAAAAAGAAAAACCGAAAAUUUUCGGAUUCAAAAAUGAGAUGGAAAGAAGAACAAGAAAAAUUCUCACUGAGUUCGUAAAACGUUCAACUGCAUCUAAAAUUUUUGGAAAAAUAAUCGUGAAGCCCUUGUAAUUUCGAAAAGCCCCCUCAGUUCCACUAGGAUGACCGAACAGAUGCAAAUUUUAUAGCGCUCCUUGGAAUACAUUUCUAGAGAUCUAAAAGUACUCUGGAUAGCAUGCAAAGACUUUUCAAUACGUUUAGGAGGAAACCGUCGUUGGGUGCCCCUGAUUCGGGGGCACACAGUCAGCGGCUUUUUUUCUGUAAAAGAACUAUUCGAAGGGGCAACUAUUGGAGACAAAUAAACUAACUUCCGAGUUAGAUUUCGAGUUGGAUUUUCGAGACAGGAAUUUGAGUUGGAUUUUCGAGUUGGAUUUUCGAGUGAGGAUUUCGAGUUGGUUUUCGAGUAAGGAUGUAGAGUUGUUUUUUUUUUUUUUUUCGAGAUAGUUACUAGUAAUCCAGCUGCAAUGAAUCGGUUAGUUUGUCCGUAAACCGUCUCGUAGAUGUCCAGUGCAAUGCAGUCAACAAAAGAAUUCCUGUAGGGGUGGGGUUGGUAUUUUGCCUUUUUAUUCUGCGACAUCCCUAUAUAAAGUAUACAUGAAGGAAGAGGCAAGACAUUGAGUCAUACAUAACGUCAUUUCCCAAAAUACGAUAACCGGGCGUAAUCUAGAAUAUUAUGAUUUUUCUUGUCAUAUCUAUUCUGGUGGUACAAAUUUAGAAAUCGCGUUAAGAAUUAGACACAACAAAAGGCAAACAUAUAAAUCCUAUAGUUCCAUUAUAUUUUGAAUACCAACAAAUGGCUCCAAUGCUGCUUUACAGAGCUUUUCUAGCUUCUUCCCUUGGCGGACACGAAGCAUAUAUUCAUAGAAAUAUUUGUUUAUUUAUUUAUUUAUUUAUUUAUGGGGCAUCGAAUUUUGCAUUUGGCUAAGAGCACGGGUGGUUCACGUGAUGCCCGCGUGCUUCGUGCGCGACGAGAUUAUAAACUCGCUUCGCAAGAAUUAUCGUCCAUCUCCCUAAACAUCCAAGGAAGCUUUUCUUUUUUUUCUUCUUUUAUUUUUCUAUAUUUAUGUUUAAUUAUCAACUAUAUAAUGAUACUCUAAAACUUAAAAUCAGUUUUAAAUAUGAACAUAACUGCAUACGCUUCCAAUUAAACCACAACAUAUCAGGCAUGAUCUCUAGCGAUGCACGAUUCAAUUCAAAAACAUUUUUUCAAUCUUUUUCAGAUAAAGACGAGUGUGAAACCAGCAUCCAUUCAUGUGAUGUCAAUGCGUUUUGUAACAAUACCAUUGGAUCUUAUAUUUGCACUUGUAAUCCUGGGUACUUUGGAAAUGGAAAAUCGUGUCUUGGUAAAACCUUAAACUAAUCGUCGUGCAGAGUUCAUCACACUAUGCAGUGCCAGUCCCUUUUUCUUGUUGCCUUUAUUAGCUUUGAUUCUGAUAUCCAGCAAACCCCUUUAAUUCUCUGCUUGCAGCUAAAAUGUUUUUGCGUACCUCUGAUCCCGAGUUGUCGGCACCGCAGUUGAUUUCAGCAGGUGGUGGAUAUACCUUCUCUUUUUUCCACAAAGUAGUUUUGGGUUUUCGUAUCGGCGGACUCGUACUUAGUUGUCUUAGUUGCUUUCGAGGUUUGUGUUUCAUCAUACGGCGUUUUGUAAUUAGAAGCGGUCUUGUAAACUUACGGUAAUUUUGCAAUAAACUGGUUUUGAGGUCCUUGCUGACCCACAGGCCCACGCAUUUAUUCUUGGGUGGGUGUCUUUCUGGGUAGUGUAGGCAAAAUGCAAUAUUUGUUUGGAUUUGUUUUUGUUUUAUCUUCAUAAAUUCUCUACCUUCAGAUAUUAACGAGUGUACCACUAACGUCCAUAACUGUGAUGCCAAUGCUUUCUGUGAUAACACUGAUGGAUCUUACACCUGCGCAUGCAGCCCUGGAUAUACUGGAAAUGGAACAUCCUGCGCCGGUAAAUUAUCAACGCAUUUGCAUUUUUAAGCGACCAUAUAUUAUUGCUAUUAAAACUGGGGGGAAAGGGGUAGGAGAGGAGUGGGGGGCGGUGUAAAUUACGUCUCUGCUCCGUUAUAAGCAAUAUUUGUUUGGGUUUGUUUUGAUUUGUCUUAACAUUUAAGGUUGCUGAACACAAUUUCUCUAAAUCUGAUUUAUCCCUUUACUGUGUAUUUUAACAUCUUUAUCAUUAUAUAAAGAAAAAGAGGGAGGAAAGGCUGAUAAAAAGUUUAACAGAAAUUAAUGUUUUUGUCGCCUUUGACAUAUCACGUGACCUCAGCGCGGGCCUGUUGAACUAGAGCUGAACAUGCGUACGUGAGAGCCUUUGUUUUGUUGACUUUCAUAAGUAACGUAAAUGAACUACAAUAUCUUUAAAUCUACCCAUUAAAAUGUGACGAAAUUUGGCAGAAAUCCUGUUCAUGUCACGCUCAAGCCAAUGAAAGCGUCAAAAUAUCUUUUCGACAAAAGAGUUUUAUGACAAAAUCAAGAUUUCCAUAAAGACUAUUUUCUUGAAGAUUUUAAAAAACUGUUUGUUACAAUUUUGGUCAAGUGGUUUCUAAAAGAUGAGGGUUACUAAUCGAAAGCUGUGUUCAAUUUUCUAAGAAAAUCCAAUGACUGAAUUUUGCUUAAACCUAAUAAAUUGAAUUUUUUUGGCUUGUUGUCAAACUUCCAUGUUGCCAUGGCAACGAAGCAAGUCUCACUUUUAACCUAAUAAAUGUCAUGUCUGAUAAAUAUAGAUUGAUUGUGCUGAAUCAAAAUUUUAGCGUUAUACCCGCAAUGACCCCAAUAAUUGGUUAUCAUCCACAACCUAUAAAACUGUGUUCAGGCACCUUAAUAUUCUCCUUUCAGAUAUUAACGAGUGUACAGCCAACGUCCAUCACUGUGAUGACAAUGCUUUCUGCAAUAACACUCAGGGAUCUUAUAACUGCACAUGCAGCCCUGGAUACACUGGAAAUGGAACAUCAUGCAUCGGUAAAUCAUCCUGCCUAAUGCAUGUAAAAUUAUUUUAGCGAGGUCCAAGAAAGAAGCAGUACCCCAUAAAUGCAUUAAGUAAUUCUCCAAACGUAUCUCUCAGCGUACUUAUAGAAGCCGGUCUGAUAAAGUACGAGCUUUUUCUUGGAAAAGGCACCCUGUUGUUUGAUUCUCGCAUGUAAGCGGCCACCUCCCGUAUGAGACCACCAAUGCACUACGCAUUUUGUUUGGUCGCUUAGAAUACGAGAGGCUUGACUGUAUGUUGUGUUGUCCGAAAGAAAAGAACCUCAUACGUAGAAAGCUUCCCUAUCCAAGGCUUAUUAUUUUAUUCAUAGACGUCGUUCUGCUGAAAAUAAGGGCUUUUUACCUUCCUUUUAGAUAUAAAGAAUGCACGUCUAAGGUCCAUAACUGUGAUAAUGCCAAUGCGUUUUGUAUUACUUUCCUUUCAGAUAUCAAUGAGUGUACGACUAACGUCCAUAAAUGUGCCGCGAAUGCUUUCUGUAAUAACACUGAUGGAUCAUAUAACUGCACAUGCAGCCCUGGAUUCACUGGAAAUGGAACAGCUUGCACCGGUAUGUCAUUACGACCAAUAGUUGUAAAACUAUAUUAUGAGGUCUAAGAAAGAAGCAUCCCAUACAUAGAGUGCUUCUGUCCGUAUUACCUUAGGGUGGAUUUCCAAUGUCGCGUAAUUUUUACGCGCCGGUGCGUAAAAUUUACAUUCGCAAAUAAAAUAGAGGCAAUACAUAAAAGGUCGCACGCAAACGUAAAAGUUGAACUUCGCUCAACUUCAAGUUUAAGCUCGACACUUUGUACCUUGCCUCUAUUUUAUUUACUCGAGUAAACUGGGAUGCAGUAUUUGAAUUAUGUUUCGUCAAGAGCCAUUAUGGCUCUUGGUUUCGUUGAUCCGUUUUGCCCGCAUCAUCUUUAAUACUUUCUUAAUAAUUCUUUCCUUUCAGAUAUUAACGAGUGUACGACUAAAGUCCAUAACUGUGAUGCCAAUGCUUUCUGUAGUAACUCUGAGGGAUCUUAUAACUGCACAUGCAGCCCUGGAUACACUGGAAAUGGAACAUCAUGCACCGGUAUAUAUAUUGUUUGUUUAUUAUUAAAAACAAAGCUAACAAAACCCCUGAUGCCCGUUUGGAUAUUCAUGCUCGAGGUUUUUGGCAGAGACAGAGAUCUGCAUUCUUCGACGUUCGGGUGUGUCACCCUAAUGCAGACUCUAUGUAUGCGGAAAGAGUAAUGGAGAUCGAACAGGGAACGUUCACUCCCGUAGUUUUCACGACCACAGGUGGAAAGGCGGAUGAGUGUGUUAAGUACCACAGCAGACUUACGGAGCUGAUCGCAAAUAAGAAGGGAGAAAGUUACUCAAGCGCAAUUUCCUGGAUAAGAGCUAAAGUAUCUUUCGCCAUCGUACACUCUGCGAUACUAUGUUUGCGAGGCUCAAGAUCCAGAAGAAGACAGCUAGACUUUGUUGACUCAGACCUACAGAUUGAUAUUAUUAGAGCCUGCCCGCAUUAAUCUUUUUUGUUUUGUUUUGUUUUUUUAAGGAUCUUUUUCUAAAGAAUUAGGAAUUUUAGAAAUACGAGAUUUUAUUUUUUUUUAAUUGGUUUUCUUUUUAAUAUCACAGACGGAAAAUUCUCUUUUGUAAUGACUUAAUUUAAAAUUCUGGACUGCCUGCAAGAGUCAUUGACCGCAUCCGAGCCACAAGGAAUGUAUUUGCGAAAUCGUUAUUGACAAAGCGAUUGCUAUUCUUAUGAUUUAUAUAAUUCUUUACGUUAUAUAGUGCUUAAUUAUUACUUCAAUAUUUCUGUAAAUUAUGUGCAUAUUUUUGUUGUUAAAGUUCAAUAAAAUUAUCAUUAUUAUUAUUAUUAUUAUUAUUAUUAUUAUUAUUAUUAUUAUUAUUAUUAUUAUUAUAAUAAACGGAGUGACAAACGGAGACCCUUCCUAAUGAUCUGUGUCAGCUCGUUACUUUGACACCCGCUCAAGGAGGGCUAGGCGUACCCGACUUACGGUUUGAAGCUCCACAGCAGUUUGCUGAUUCUACGUCAAUAACAGCAUCGCACGUAGAUUCUUUUACCACACAGUGCAUGUUCAUGGUGGCAGGCGAGAAUUCCACGGCAGAGUUAAAAAGACAACAUCAAGCCUUGAAAACUGCGUCGGUGAAAUCCAGAAUGGAAAGUAUUGAUUCCACUCUACCCUCGGAUCUGCUGCGGUCAGUUAACCAAUCUAGAGACAAGGGUGCGAGCUCAUGGCUUGACGCAGUACCUCUUGUCGAUCAAGGUUUAGUGCUGAAUGAACAAGAAUUCAGAGACUCUCUGCGUUUAAGGUAUAAUAUGCCCCUGACCGACUUGUGGUGAGAAGUAUGCCAUCUGCCAUGCCCUGUCAUGCAAAAUUUUAUGUCAAAUUCUGCCACCCAUCUGUUUCUAGUAACGUAACAGUAGCCUUUUUUUCCCUCCUUUUAGAUAUUAACGAGUGUACGACUAACGCUCAUGACUGUGAUGCCAAUGCUGUCUGUAAUAACACUGAGGGCUCUUAUAACUGCACAUGCAGCCCUGGAUACACUGGAAAUGGAACAUCAUGCACCGGUAUAUAUAUUAUACUUACACUGAUAUGCUCCCGCUCGUGCAAAUGUUUACGUAAGAGAUUCGAGUGAAACAGUUAGUUUUGUUUUCCCGAGAGUCCUGAAGUUCCCAGAGACGAAGUCGAGGGAAACAUCAGGACUCAAGGGAAAACAAAACUAACUGGUUUCCCGAGGAACCUGACAUUAAGUGUUUGGUUAUAUUUCUGGACUUUCACUUCAACAGCAACAAAAGAAUAACCGGAGAGAACCAAAACAGUCGACUCGGCACUUAUAAGAACACAAAUUUAAUUCUCAAAACCACUGAAUGAAUGAUUUACAAAGUGCUUUCCUUAUAUUAUCUGCAUCUUUUUCCUGCACUAGCUACUGUUUCUCUUCUGGGAUAAUGCAUCAGUCAAUUCCACCUGCGCCCAGCCCUCCCCCCCCCCCCCCCCUCCCGGGCUGACCCCGGGGCAUUAGCAUUUUUUUUUGCCUUGGAUGGCAACUUCCCAGGGGUGGGGACUCUUGAGCUGUCGAAUCCCCCGGGGUGGGGACGAAAAAAGAGGGCAAAUGCCCCGUCCUCUGUCAACACUGCAACCUUUUUUCAUCGAUCGCACAGUCGAAUAGUGCUAUUUUAAGCAUUUUUAUGUGCGAUUUUUUGUUUCAAUAAACGUCUUCCUUUGUAAUAGCGCUAGGAUUUACGCCGCGACGACAUGCACCAGUUUAUGGUUUUAGUAUUGAUAUAAAAUUGUUGACAUUAAAAUAAAUAGAGCGCUGUAAAGUUAUAUGUUAUGAAUAGUUUUAUAGAUAUGAAAGGAUGGUCUUUAAAUAAUAUCAACAGAAAUUUGAUUCAAUAACCAAAAAACGUUAAUUCACAUCGAUAGCUCCAAUUUUCCAAUGAAGAAAUGCAUGCAUAAAAUCAAGAACAUGCCUUUGCAACCCUCUUCAAUUUAUUCCUGUCCUUGACAGAUGAGCUAACUGUUUUUUUUUUCCACUAAAACCUUUUGUGUAGUUAUAUUCUGAUAGGAAACCGCGUGCCUGUCAAAAGCUUGGGAAUUGCCCGGGGGUUGGCGAAUGCCCGGCCCCCGGGCAUUUCAAAAUUUGCAAAUGCCCCAUCCCCGGGACUGACAUGGCGGACAAAUGCCCUGCAGUGGCCCGGGGGGGAAGGGCUGGGCGCAGGUGGAAUUGACUGAUGCUUAACUUUGAAAAUCGUUUUUAGCUUGAGGCUUCCUGGUUGUGUUGUUGUGUUCAUCCACGAAAAAGAAAACUGGCAGUGUUUUUCCCGCCUUCUGUCACGCCACUUUCCACCAUGCCUUGAUCACGUGCUGUAAUGUAUCCCGAGCGGGCUACAUUUCUUAAUGUAUCGCGAUCGGGAUACAUUUGAUUUUAGUCAAGGCCACGUGACCAAGAAUCAACCAAUAGCAAGUCCCUGUUUAGUUGAGUGAAAGUCUAGAAAUAUAACAAUUAUUAUUAUUACUCAUUAAACAUAUUAUUUUUAAACAUAUUCCUCAUUAAACAUAUUCCUACUACUAAUUUCUCUCGGUGGCUUUACUCGACCAUAAAACAAGGAGGUUUUAUCUAAAGUAAAUGGAGGAAGAAUAAUGAGAGAGCCGUUGUUUUGGACGCGAACCUGACGACUUCCGUAUUUGAAGGAGCUUGGCAAUCUGGCUUGUUUUGACUUCGGGUUUGUUUUAAUUUUCUAGUGCCUUUUACCAGGAAUUUUACAACAAAUGGAACCACUGGGCGACAAGGGAUUAUUCAAACAUUCAUAGUUCCGCACACUGGUGUAUAUCUGGUAAAGGCCUGGGAUGCCCGAGGAGGAACACACUCGACAAACUACGGAUCUUUUCCUGGAACGUACUAUGGUGGUAGAGGGGCAAGGAUGCAAGGGACGUUUACCUUGAAUAAAGGAACUGUACUGAAUAUUGUGGUGGGAAAAAGAGGAGGAGAUUCAGUGCAGGUAAAAGGAGGACAGUCCACUAACUUGACAGCUGCUCAGUUGGGACUGUCUGUAGAGGACAAUGCUGGUACUGGGGGAGGCGGAGGGAGCUUUGUUUAUACAACAAGUAACGUGCUUUUUUUAGCUGCUGGAGGAGGAGGGGGUGCAUCUAGCGGGUAUAACGGGGUGGAUGGUCAGGCGGGUACUAACGGCACCAGUAGCGUUGGAAAAGAUUCAAGUGAUGUUCGUAGCGGAGGAUCUGGAGGGAAUCCUGGUCAGUGUAACAGAUUAGGCGGUGAUUGGCAUGGGGGAGUGGGUGCGGGAUGGUUAGGCCAAGGUUGUUCCAGGGUCGAGUCCGAGCAUGGUGAAAGAGGUGGAUCGCGUGCUCAGGGCUGGGUGGGUGGACGUGCUGGAAGAAGGAAUAGUGGCUACAACGGAGGGCCUCCCCCUGGGGCCGUCGAAGGGUUUGGCGGUGGCGGAGGGGGAGCCGAGGAUAAUGGUGCAUCAGGAGGAGGCGGGGGGUACUCUGGGGGAGGUAGCGGCACACGCCCAAACCAAGCAGGCGGGGGAGGGGGCUCUUACUGUAGUGGCUCGAAUUGUUCAGGGAUGAGUGGAGGUAACUCAAAUGACAGCGGACUUGUAAAAAUCGUGGAAUUGUCUGUCUAA